AUGGAUCUUAAGGAUUUGGAACACUUGGAUGAUGACUAUUUUCCUCAUGCAUGUAGAUCCACCGGAUUGUCGAAAAACAGCUGCGAGAAAAAUGUACCUGGGGAUAAUGAUGAUGACAGUGACGACGACAUCGACAAAGAAUCUGUUCAACAAGACGACAUCAGGGACAAGAUAGACAGAUUUGGUAGAAACUCCGUCAUUGACAACAAUGAAGAGAGUUACAGUGAGGAGGAAGAAGAUAUAGAAUCCAUAGAAGAAAUACAAAACUCAAUACUGACCACAACUGAACUAACUAAAGAUGAAAAAGAUAUCUUCAUCAUGGGAAGACUGGCGUGUGUUGGGUUUGGCAUUCAUACACAGCGUGGGGAGGAGAGGAAAAGAAAGAAGUAUGCGUACUAUUCCCAAAAUCAAGAAGUUUGCAAAGGAGCCUUUCUUUUCGUACAUGGUGUUGGGUCCAAAUACGUUAAAAAUCUAGUGUCUCACAUGAUUGAAAAUGGACAGGUACCUCGUACCCACAAAAACAAGAGCAGACGCCCACCAAAUGCCUUUAAGUUCGACGACCUUAAACGAGCGAUCGACUAUAUUCAGAAUUACGCUGAAGAAUUUGGAUUACCACAACCGACAGUAAAAAACAAAAGUAUCCCUGUAACUUUUUUACCUUCAUCUGGCAGCAAAACAUCACUCCAUUCUUCGUAUUCUGCUUCUUGUGACGAGCUGGGAGAGAGGAAAGUUGGGCUAACUACCUUCAAACUUCUGUGGAAAGAAUGCUGUCCCCAUAUUAAAUAUAUGACGCCCCGCUCGGAUAUAUGUCCAAGAUGUGAAGAUUGUAGAGCCAAAAUUUCAACGGCAGUUGGGCUAGCUGAGAAGCAAGAGGAACUGCGAAUUUUCACAGAACACUUGUCUAAGGUUGAAAUGGAGCGACAGGCGUAUAACGAUGCAGUGAAAAAAGCGAGAGAGGAGAUGGGGGCAUUUGUUAGACCAGAGGGAUUGCUUCCUUCCUGUUCAACAGAUCUUCAGCAUGUCCACUAUACCUUUGACUUCUCGCAAGCACUUUCCAUUCCACAUCAUGCAAGACAAGAGGGGCCACUUUAUUUUUUGACGCCAAGAAAAGUGCAACUUUUUGGAGUUGCCAUAGAGGGAAAUUACAGCCAGAUGAAUUAUGUUGUUGACGAAGACCAGGGAAUGGGUGAAAAUGGAGCUGGAGUGAAAGGAUCGAACGGCGUUAUUUCCAUGCUUCAUCACUGCCUUACAACGUUUGGAUCUGGUGAAAAAGAAUGCAUCAUCCAUUGUGAUAAUUGUGCUGGCGAGAAUAAAAACAGAUAUGUCCUGGGCUAUCUGUCAUGGAGAACAUUGUUAGGCCUUCACAACAAUAUUACCCUUUCAAUGCAAGUGCCCUAUCACGGUCGUUGUCUAGUGGAUGCUGGGUUUGCAAACAUUAAGCGUCUCUAUCACAGAACUGAUGUUGACAGUCUAUCUGGACUAGUGGAUGUCGUCAACAAGAGUGCCAAAUCAAAUACCGCAGUUACAUAUUUGAACGAGGCGGGAGAGCACUGCUGGGAAUGGUUCGAUUGGAAGGCCUUUGUUUCCCAGUACUUUCUUCCAGUGAGAGGCAUAAGGAAGUUCCAUCAUUUCCGAUUUUCUUCCUCAUCUCCUGGAAAAGUAUACGUUAAAGAAAGCGUGGACGACGCAGAAACGGAAAUUGAGUUGCUGAAGUCUUCUAUUUCACCAGAAGAUUUUACAACAGUUGCCGUGAUGCCGGAAAUAAUACCACCCGGAGGAAUUUCCCCUGAGCGACAACAGUACCUCUACCGUAUGGUCAGACCAUUUGUCAGGGAUCCUUACAAGGAGAUGACAUGUCCAAAUCCCGAGGAAUGA